AUGGCGAUCUCAUGUACCGAAUGUCUGGAGGGCACAUGGGACAAAAUCCAGGAGCUCUUGUCGGCAGCCGGGCUCUCCGAUGUCGCGCAGGCAACGCAUCACGACCUGCUGGAGCUCGUUACGGAGCUGGAGAGCAUCCAGGAAAGCCGCGUGCUUGUUGACCAGGGGCUGCUUGCAGACCUCAUCCGCAAGUAUGACUCCCAGAUGCAGAACCGAUCAGGGCCCUUUCCGGAAUACCUCUCUCUCGACCUGCCGGUGGACGAGCGCGAAUACAAGAUGCUGCCGCUCCCCACCAAGACCUUACGACCCAUCCUCGAAGGAACCACUGCGUCCGAGCUGCUGGACCAUCUGAGGGAGGAGUUUGAUGUUCCCCUUCAUCCGCACUUCGUGAUGCGGAUUCUGGAACUGUCCAUCGACCUCCACACGAAGCGAGAUAAGGCCCACGGCCCUGUCAUGAAGCUCCAAGUGCCGGGAGUAGCCCAGAGCGUGGUGAACGUCAACGUCUCCGAGAGUUGCAGCAUUGCGCAGUCCAGGAUUGUGGUGUUGGGUGACACGCACGGGCAGCUGGCUGACGUGCUCUGGGCUGUGUCGGAGCUGGGUCUGCCAAGCGAGAAGAACGUCUACGUGCUCAACGGGGAUAUCGCAGACCGUUGCGAUUGGUCUACAGAGAUCUUCAUGCUCUUCUUGACAAUCACUUUGCAGUAUCCCAACGACCCCGUGGUUGUCAUCAAUCGAGGCAACCAUGAGUGCAUGACCAUCAACGGCUCUCGUUGCGGGGGUUUUCAAUACGAGCUGCUGGACAAGUAUGGUGCUAUUUGGGGCCCAUACUUGCAUUCCAUGUUCGGCAGCCUCUUUCGUAUCCUUCCCGUGGCAACCCUGGUCAACAAUGUGGUUCUUGUCAUCCACGGUGGAGUGGGCCGUGACCCAGAGAACCAGCUCCGCCGCUUACAAGACCUGGAUGCGGACUUGCGGGAGGCAUCUGUCAAUCCGUGGGGCUUGGAAGGCGAUGAAGGCAUGGACGCCUUGGUGGAUGCCUUAUGGUCUGAUCCCACAGAUAUGCCCGGCAGCCGUGUGAACACGCGUGGAACUGGUCACACCUGGGGACCUGACUACACGAAAAGGUUCUGCCAAAGCAAUGGUGUGAAGCUGGUCAUUCGCUCCCACCAGGUGCCACAGGAUCAGAGUGGGGUCUACGUCCACAAGGCCCACAAAAGCCAGCUGAUCACCGUCUUCAGUGCUUCGAACUACAGGGGCCGCAAGAACCGGGCCGGCGCAGUGAUCCUUCAGCCGGGGGCCAGCGAGGACUCCUUGGAUGCCCUGUGCCACGACCUGGGUUCUUGUCCCUCAUGGCGUGUCCUUUCGAAGUCGGCGAAUCUCAAGCCACGGACCCGGCUGCAGGGCGACAUUGUUGAUGAUGAGCUCAUUGCGGAGUUGCUCCAGCACUCCAUGGGCUUGCUGGCGGAAUGGCGUGUUCCGCUUUGGGAGGCCUGCACACGCGAAGAUGUGUCGCUGAAGGGGGUGAUCUCUCUAUCCUCCUGGCGGCGGAUCUGUCGAAACACGACCAAAAUCUACAUCGACUGGGUUUUGGUGGCUCGCCUCGUGGGCGGUGCAAGCCAGAACAAUCUGCGGUACAUGGAGACACUCAAUCGCUUCGGUUUCGAGAUCGCCUCGCAGGUGGUGGAGAGCCGCCUUGCCAGUUCCGUCUUGGCUUCCAUCUACCUAACCAUGAUGAGGGCUGACGAGUCGCUUCAGCAGCUCAUGGGCAACCUCUGCCAGGCCGGCCAGCGAGCAGCCCCGGCCCGGCAACUGUUAGAUGGUCUAUGCGAGAUCCUGCGUCGAAAUGGCGUUACAGGACCCGAGACGGCAGCCGUGCUGCGCAGCAUGGAAGCGCACAUCGGCAGUCGGCAGACCACACUGAUAGACGUUGCAGAUUUCCUUUCUGCCUGGAGAUGUGCCGCAGGCAUCUCUGCAGAGCUGACGCCCCAGCAGUCGGAGCUUUCUGCUCGGAUCUCACGGCUUUUGGGCUCCGAGAGGCGCUGUCGAAAGAGGCUCAGCAGUCUGGCGCCAGCUUCCUCUACGACUCUGAUGGAUUUCUUCAACAUGGCAGAUACUGAUGGCGAUGGAUAUAUGUCCAUCGAUGAGGGCUUUGACGCCUUAGUCAAGCACCUGCAUCAGACCACGGGGCGCGAG